UCACGCCUGACCCGCUCCCCAGGGCCCCGCACGCAGCGGCCCCGGUUCUGUCCCCGUCCCAGGAGCGGCUUCGGGUGCCGGUGGGUGCCGGUGGCGCGGAGCUGCUGACGCCCGUCGCUCGCCGCUCAGGACGGCGUGUCGGAGGGAGCGCGGCGCCGCCGGGACCGGUUCGGCCGCAGCGGAAUGUCCCGGCCGCCCUCCUUCACCCUCCGCGUCCCGGAGGACACCGAGAGCGAUGGGCAGGAGCCGAGCCCGGAUAACGAAGGAGCCCUGCACUCCUCCUUCCACCAGCUCAUCCAGGAGCAGAGCAGCUUGGUAGAGGCGGGUGUGGAGCUGGAGAUGCAGGCAAGGGGCAGAGAGCACCCAGCACACCUGCCCCACCCAGGUGCCGGUGCCGCAGCCUGGCAGGAGCCUGGACAGGGCGAACAGCACCCCGGCUACUCCUCCACCACCCUGCGGAUCCUCGCCAGCAUGCCCAGCCGCACCAUUGGGCGCAGCCGUGGGGCGAUCAUCUCCCAGUACUACAACCGCACCGCCCGGCUGCGGCGCCGGAGCAGCCGCCCACCCCUGCAGCAGCUCUGCCGCGCCGCACGGCCCAGUGUGCGGCAGUACGACCUGGAGACCGACCCCGCCAGGGCCACGCUGGAAGGGAAGCGGAACCUGCUGGUGAAGGAGCUGCUGAGCCUCUCGCCCAGCCAGCGCAGCCACAUGCUGCUCACCGUGCCCCUCAGCCUGGCAGAGAAACGCACCCUCCGGCGGGAGCUGAGCGGGCAGAUGAGACCCCCGAGGCAGCACACGGAGCACCGGGCCCUCUCCUCUCCCUGCGGAUGGUCCAGGGGCUGCGUCAUCCUAGGCUGCCGGGGCCUCUGGUACAGGCUCCUCUCCCUGCUCCCCGCCGCGGAGCUCUGGCACUACUCCCUGAAGCAGAUCGGGGGCCGCUUCGGCUCCAGUGUCCUCUCCUACUUCCUCUUCCUCAAGACACUCCUUAUGUUCAACAUCUCAUUCCUCAUCCUCCUGGUCUUCGUGGUGGCCCUGCAGGCUGCGUAUCCCCCUGCCUCACCCAGCCCCGCACCCUUCACCGGCCUCGAGCUCCUCACGGGAGUGGGCUCCUUCACUCACUCGCUGCUGUACUACGGCUACUACAGCAACACCACCCUCAACGAGCCCUGUGCCUCCAGCCCCAACAGCAGCACGUGUCCCCUUGCACCGCCCCCACUGCCAUACAACAUGCCGCUGGCCUAUGUCUUCAGCGUCGGGGUCUCCUUCCUCGUCACCUGCGUCCUGCUGGUGUACAGCGUGUCCCGCUCCUUCGGGGAGAGCUAUCGCGUGGGCAGCUCCGCAGGGGACCUGGCGGUCAAAGUCUUCUGUGCCUGGGACUUCAAGGUGGUCCAGAGGCGCUCGGUGAAGCUGCAGUGCGAGAACAUCUGCACCCAGCUGAAGGAGCUGCUGGCGGAGCAGCGCUCCCGCUCGCGCUCCCGCAGCCUCUGCCAGCGCCUGGGGCACUGCGCCGUGCUGCUGCUGGCCUGGGCCGUCUCGCUGGGCACGGUGCUGGGCGGCGUGCUGGCCGUGCACCACGUCUCGCAGCACAUGCACACGGUUCAGCAGGAGCUCCGUGCGCAGGGCAGCGGCCGGCAGCAGCGGGAAGCCGUCCUGCUGGUCCUGCCCCUCACCGUGUCCCUGCUCAACACACUGCUGCCCCACCUGUACACGCUGCUGGCGCGGUGGGAGCGGCAGGACUCCCCCGCCGCGCAGGUCUACGUGGCGAUCUGCAGGAACCUCAUUCUGAAGAUGGUGGUGCUUGGCCUGCUGUGCUACCAGUGGCUCAGCCGGAGGGUCGUCUGCUCCAUGGAAGAGUGCUGGGAGACGUGUGUGGGACAGGACCUGUAUCGCUUCAUGGUGAUUGAUUUCAUGUUCACGCUGCUGGACACGCUCUUCAGGGAGCUGCUCUGGAGGCUGAUCCUGGAGAAGAGGCUGAAGAGGAAGCAGAAGCCCGAGUUUGACAUUGCUCGAAACGUGCUGGAGCUGAUCUACGGGCAGACCCUGACCUGGCUGGGUGUUCUCUUUGCCCCGUUGCUGCCGGCCGUGCAGACGCUGAAGUUGCUGCUGCUGUUCUACAUCAAAAAGAGCAGCCUGAUGCGGAACUGCCGGGCGCCCAGCACGCCCUGGCAGGCGUCUCGCAUGAGCACCAUCUUCAUCACCUUGCUGUGCUUCCCGUCCUUCCUGGGCGCAGCCGUGUUCCUCUCCUACACCAUCUGGGCGGUGCGGCCGUCUGAAACCUGUGGUCCCUUCCGGGGGCUGGAAACCAUCUACAAGUCAGGGCAGACCUGGGUGCAAGUGCUGGAGAAGUCCAGCCCCAACAUCACCUGGCUCGCCUGGGUCCACCAGCACCUGGUGGAGAACAGCUUCCUCCUGUUCUUCAUGUCCGGGGUCCUGCUAGCCGUGAUCUACUUCAACAUCCAGGUGGUGAGAGGCCAGCGCCGGAUCAUCCGCCUGCUGGAGGAGCAGAUCGCCAACGAGGGGCAAGAUAAAAUAUUUCUCAUUCAGAAGCUUCACUCGGUUUACGAGCGGAGAGAGAGAUGCGCCUGAGUCCCAGCAGCAGCCCCUGGGGCGCAGGGGCUGCACGUUUCCGUCAGACUCCUCGGGCAGGAAGGGGCCGGACCCAGCGCACCCAUCGCAGCGCUGGGAGCAGCGGGACCGUGCGGUGCUGGGCAGAUCCUCUGCUGCAGCCAGGGACACAUUGGGACGUCAGCAGCUCCACGGGGACGUUGCAGCACAGGGACAGGGAUGCUCCCACUGCCAAGAGCUGCUGGGGACAAGGCAGGCGCAGCAGGACCAGGACAGCCCAGGCCACAGCCCUGUGGCAGGAUGGGCUCCGGAGAGCCGCGGCGGUGCCAAGCGCCGGGCAGAGGAACCCGAGGGUGCUGGAUCCCCAGCUGCAGGCUGACCCGGAUCAUUAAAGCUCAGCUGCGGGAGCA